AAAAGCCAGCGGGGAUGGUGGAUUUUAACUUGGGACAGAUCAUUUGUGCUGAUGACAGCGCAUAUGGUGGGAGACCAACGGUGUGAUAAUUAUUAUUAUUAUUAUUAUUAUUAUUAUUAUUAUUAUUAUUAUUAUUAUUAUUAUUAUUAUUAUAUUAUAUAUUUUUGGGGAUCAAAUAAUUUAUUAAUAAUAAAUAAUUUAUUUAUCUCCAAAAAUGCAGCUGAUCGGACGCGUCACACGAUUCGGAGGCAUGCAUCACAUUUAAGGAUUUUAAAAACUGAUUCUUUUUUUUCAAAAAUGCAUUCGGCAGAGAAGGGAGACUAGCGUUGCUCACGGGUAGGAAUGAAAGGGAGAAAAGGGUUCAGAGUUGCCUGCGGUAGCGAUGUCGGAGAUGCAGAGACUGUCUCGUACUAAACCUCCCCGCCUCCCAGCACCUCCUGUGUGUCCUCCCAGCACCUCCUGUGUGUCCUCCCGGCCCGUGUAUAUUCUAUAGAAUCCGGAGCUAAGGGGUUUUGGAAGACGAAAGAGCUGAUUUUUUUUAUUUUACAGGUGACAUUUUAUUAGCAGCAUCAUCAUCAUCUUCAUCAUCAUAUCUUCACCAUACUGUUCAGGAUAUGACCGAAGUGGGUAUCUUUAUUUAACAAAUGGAUAAUGGAGAUGGGGGCCAUAGGAGGAACAGUCCUGUUACCUUGAAUGUCGGCGGCCACCUUUACACCACCACCUUGUCAACCUUGCAGCGCUAUCCAGACUCCAUGCUGGGGGCCAUGUUUCGCGGAGACUUCCCCACAACCAAAGACUCAAAAGGGAACUACUUCAUUGAUCGUGACGGCACACUAUUCCGGUACAUCUUGAACUUUCUUCGAACGUCUGAGCUGACGCUUCCCUCUGACUUUUCGGAAAAAGACCUGCUAAGGAAAGAGGCCGACUUCUACCAGAUCGAACCGCUGAUCGAGUGCCUUCAGGACCCCAAGCCCCUCUACCCUCCCGACAUCUUUGAGCAAAUUGUUGAACUCUCGAGCACCAGGAAACUCUCCAAAUACUCCAACCCCGUAGCUGUGAUCAUCACACAGCUCACCGUCACCGCCAAGGACCAUUCGCUACGGGAGGGAAUCUGCAAAAACUUCACCAAGUGGAGCAAACACAUGAUGGACACCAGAGACUGCCAGGUUUCCUUUACGUUUGGACCGUGUGAUUAUCACCAGGAGGUGAACCUGCGGGUGCACCUCAUGGAUUACAUCAUGAAGCAAGGCUUCACCAUCCGCAACACGCGCGUUCAUCACAUGAGCGAGCGGGCCAACGAGAACACGGUGGAGCACCACUGGACUUUCUGUAGGCCGGCCCGCAUCGUCGUGGACUGAACCGCGACAGAGCUGGUGCUUCCAUAGUGGAUGGUGGUCAAUGUUAAACAUAUGAAUGCAUAGGUCUUUUGUUUGUUUUGGCCCUAAACCUAACCAUAUCAGAAUGUAUAGUAAGACAAUUGGUACAUGUACAUACAAUAUACACGGCACCCGAUCUUGACAAAUAAAGUUUAUGGAAAUACACAUAAAUUCUGUUAAAUUGUUAAAUGAUCAUAAACUGCAAGACGGCUAAGUGCAUUGAAACAUAUAUAGAUGGAGAAAUAUAAAUGAACACAUUUUGAUUAGAUACAACAAGGUAUGAUCCAUAAACAGCGAUUAGAUGUGUCUUAAAAUUAGCAUUGAUAAUGACACUGCAUAUUUAAUGUUUUUUUUAGGGCUAUUGCAAAAUACCAUGAAGGUCAUGGUAUGGGUUGUGGACAAAAAAUGUCUUAAAUUAUUAAAUGUCAGUGUUACUGUUAAGUCUAAUGUGUUUCCAAUUGGUUUAUCUGGUUUUUAUAUUAGUUUCCCUUAACCUGGCUGUGUUGCAUGGGGAUGGUUCUAUGUCUGGUUCUUUGGAUGUAUCGACAUUAUUACGUUACAAAGUAGAACUACCAUUGUUUAUGUUCAUUUUCUCCACAGGAAAAUAAAGAUGUCAUUAUAAUAAUCAUAGUAGGCAUUAUUUUCCAUAACAAAUAUUUUCAUUUGAAAAGGAUUCUAAGCGCAGUUAAAAAGAACUGGUAGCUGUAACAACUCGUACCAACCUACAAAAAAACGAAUGCAAAUACUGAAAUUGAUAUAAUAUAUAAUUUAUUGAUUCUACUCUGAAUAGGCCUACUUAUAUUCUAAACCAUAACACAUCUAAAAACUUCACAUACGAAUAUAAAGGAUACCAUUAUAUUGGAAAUUCACAAUAUUUAUCCAUCCCUGUAAAAUAGGCAUUACAAAUGUUAGUGUUAUUGGUACUCUUUUACUAAACUUCAGUAGAUGGUGAAUGAAAACCUUACUUUAGCCUCGCGUCCAUAACAU